GUCUCUCUCUGUUUUUUUCUUGUGGGUUUGGAGUGUUUAGUGAAAUGGUUAAUACAUCAGAGCUUUUUGCAACAUCAGCUCCGAGUCUAAGGAUGAGGCAUUCGUUCUUAGGGGGCAAUUUUGGAUGUGGGUUUAGAUCAUAUGAUGGUGUAGCUAAGGUAAUAUUCUGCUCUACUUCCACUUGGGCAGAGAAGGUUUCUUCUGGAGCUUCUCCUUCUCAAUCUCGGAUGCCCAGGCUUGUCAGUAGAGGGUGUAAGCUACUUGGGUGUGGCUCCGGUGUUCCAAGUUUACAGAUUUCAAACGAUGAUCUUGCCAAAUGGGUUGACACAAAUGAUGAAUGGAUAUCUGCUCGUACUGGGAUUCGCAAUCGACGGGUGAUUGCAGGAAAAGAUAGCCUGAUAGGUUUGGCAGCAAGGGGAGCUCUACAAAUGGCUCAGGUUGAUCCGGAUGACCAUAUCAACCUUCAUUUUUCAGGGCUUUUUACGACAUCAGCUAUGAGUCUAAGGACAAGGCAUUCAUUCUUAGGGCGCAAUUUUCGAUGUGGGUUUGGAUCAUAUGGUUGUGUAGCUAAUAAGGUAAUAUUCUGCUCUACUUCCACUUGGGCAGAGAAGGUUUCUUCUGGAGCUUCUCCUUCUCAAUCUCGGAUGCCCAGGCUUGUCAGUAGAGGGUGUAAGCUACUUGGGUGUGGCUCCGGUGUUCCAAGUUUACAGAUUUCAAACGAUGAUCUUGCCAAAUGGGUUGACACAAAUGAUGAAUGGAUAUCUGCUCGUACUGGGAUUCGCAAUCGACGGGUGAUUGCAGGAAAAGAUAGCCUGAUAGGUUUGGCAGCAGAGGCAGCAAGGGGAGCUCUACAAAUGGCUCAGGUUGAUCCUGAUGAUGUAGACUUGAUAUUAAUGUGCACUUCAACACCAGAGGAUCUUUUUGGUUCUGCUUCACAGAUCCAAAAGGCUCUUGGUUGUAAAAGACAUCCUCUAUCGUAUGAUAUAACAGCUGCAUGUAGUGGAUUUCUACUGGGUUUAGUAUCAGCUGCUUGUCACAUAAGGGGAGGUGGAUUUUCUAAUGUUCUUGUCAUUGGUGCUGAUGCUAUUUCUCGUUACGUCGACUGGUCUGAUAGAUCGUCCUGUAUUCUUUUCGGAGACGGUGCUGGUGCUGUACUAUUGCAGGCAUGUGAUGUUGAGGAGGAUGGUUUAUUUGGUUUUGACUUGCAUAGUGAUGGGGAUGGCCGAAGGCAUUUGAAUGCUGGGAUCAAGGAAAAAGAAAUGGAUCAAAAAUUGGGUUCUAACGUCUCCCUGAUCGGUUUUCCUCCGAAAAACGUCACGUAUUCUUGUUUGCAGAUGAAUGGCAAAGAGGUAUUUCGAUUUGCUGUUCGCACCGUGCCACAGUCGAUCGAGGCUGCUCUUCAAAAAUCUCGUCUCAGUUCAUCAAACAUUGAUUGGUUGUUGUUACAUCAGGCAAACCAAAGGAUCAUCGACGCAGUCGCAACACGUUUAGAGUUUCCAUCGGAGCGUGUGAUAUCGAAUGUGGCUAACUACGGUAACACGAGCGCAGCCUCCAUUCCAUUGGCACUGGACGAAGCUGUUCGGAGUGGGAGGGUGGAGGCAGGACACUUGAUUGCAGCUUCAGGUUUCGGAGCUGGUCUAACCUGGGCGUCUGCAAUUAUUAGAUGGGGUUGAAGCUCAAAAACAUAUGUUCUUGCAGAUUUUGAGAUAUGCUGCAAUGACAAUAACAACACUAGUGUAGAUUUGGAGCACAAAGAACUGAACUUUCAUUAAUAAUUUGGUGCUAUUUCUGUUGCUAUAAAAAUGAAUGAUCAUAAGAUAUCUCAACGCGCUAAUAAAAUAAAAUCUUAGUUUUUAUAAUUUUUAAAUCUUAAGAAUUAGUCAUUGUAAUUAGAUAAAAUUAAUUUUUAGAAUUAGAGUGAGCUUGUAAUUAGCGAAUGAUUUGUUUUAAACUAUAAAAAUUAAAUUAAGGAUUUAAUCUUAAAUUAUCCGGGUGUAGUACUCGCUGUACUAGCUCUUGAUCUGAAAUAACGGUCUUUGUUUCACUC